AUGCGAGUCGUCGUGACAGGAGGCUCUGGCAAAGUCGGUCAACAUAUCAUCGGAGAACUUAUCAAGGCCGGGCAUAUAGUUCUGAACUUGGAUUUGUCUCCUUUUCCUCAUCCAAAGGUCUACACGGUCAGAACUGACCUGACCCAGACCGGUCAGACUUUCAGUGCGAUUGGUGGUCAAGCUUCCCUGCACGAGCCUUUUCCUGCUGGGGUCCCUCCAAUCCCCGAUGCAGUCAUUCACCUUGCGGGGUAUCCUCGCAAUAUGAUAGUACCUGACGAUGAAACUUUCCGGGCCAACACGAUUGCCACCUACAACGUGAUCGAAGCUGCUUGCAAGCUGGGCAUUAGGAAGAUCAUCAUUGCUAGCAGCGUCACCGUGUACGGCGUAACGUUCUCGCAAGGCGACGCCGACUUCCCAUCUUUCCCGAUCGACGAGCAAGUAGAUGCCAAUCCCUCGGAUACAUAUGCCAUUGCCAAGAUGUGUGGAGAGCGUGUUGCGCAGGGCUUUGCCACCCGCUUCGACGCAGACAUCUACGUCCUCCGGAUGGGCCGGGUCAUUGAACCGGAUGAGUACAACGAGGAGCUCUUUGAGAGCUAUGUCCAUGAUCCACACAAGUGGAAAGUCCACGGUUGGUCUUACACGGACUCGCGUGAUCUUGGUCGAAUGUGUCUUCUCUGUCUUCAGAAGUCCGGAUUAGGGUUUCAGGUCUUCAACGCGACCAAUGAUAGUAUCACGAACUUGAACCCUACUGAACAGUUCCUCAAGGAUAUGUGUCCGCAGACGCCCAUAACCCGGAAAAUGGGCGAGUUUGAAGCACCAAUUACCAAUGCAAAGAUUAAAAACUUGCUUGGCUUUCAGGAGGAGCACCCAUGGCAGGGAGAGAUGUGUUACCAGCUAAAUUUAUCAAUUUGA